GUUUUCUCUUUGUUUGGUUGUUGCCGGGUGAAGCAAUGCAGCUAUUCGGCAAGCCUUGAUUUCCAGACCUUGUCUCUAGGGUGUUCACUUUGUGCCGCGCGAACGUCGAGCAGAACCUCCCGAGCAGUCAUUUUAUUUGAACGGUUAUGGACGACCUAUCGGGCUUUAAGUGGACAGACAAUGGCAAUUCUGGGCCCAGGAGACGUCCGCCGAUGGCAUCGAAUGCCCAUCUCCCCAUCUCGCGUCCUACGCCCCCUAUUUCAGGUCGCUCUACCCCUCUCUCCGGGCUGACAAUGCGCUCAGGCUCGCCCUCCAAACCAUCUGCUCCCCCAAAGGAUAGCUUUGCCAGCUUGGUAAGCUUUGGGGCCGGUGCGUCGGGGAAAAAUAUUUCUCUAGCCGAACGGCAACGACAACUUGCGGAGCAGAAAGCGUUGGAGGAGCAAAAGAAGCGGGCACAACUGGAGGCGCAAUAUGGAGGAAGCAACGAACAGUUUUGGGAUAGCUUGGGGCAGUCUGGAUUAUCAAAGGGCUUGUCAUCAGGGUUGGCAAGGCCUUCCUCUGGCGUCUCUGGCCAGCCGCUGCCUGGAGGCGACUUGUCACGCCAGGGCCCUGGUGGAAAAGACGAUGAAGAUGAUAUUCUCGCCGCAUUCAAUGCGUCGGCUCCUGUGGAUAAAUCAACCAAUUUCCCAGUUCCAAGUUCAACAUCCUCUCCUGCUCCAAACGCCGCUUUACAGUUCUCAGGCGACGCCGGCAGUGACCUUGUUCUGGAAGAUGAUGACCCAUUUGGCUUGGGCCAGAUGAGCGAAAGGCAAACCCAACCUAGAACAACGCCGCAGCAAAAUGAUGAUGACGAUGAUAUUCUUGGUCCCCUUGCUAAGCCGGUGUCGGAGUUUGCUAAACCUGUUCCGGAAAAUUCAAAUAAUGAGCCGGGAAAUGGGACGCUCAUGUUACAUGAUAGGAACGAUUCUCCACCUCGCACAACUCCUGUUGACAGGGCUAUUGCGGAGCUGGUGGAUAUGGGAUUCCCCAUCGAAAAGGCCAGCCAGGCUUUAUCAACAACUGAAUCUGGUACUGAUGUUCAGGCAGCUGUCAGCUGGCUGCUCAACCAGGCCCAUGCUGAAGCACGGGAAAAAGCUAGAGGCAGAAGUCAAAGUGCGCAGGCACAACCGCGCUCGGGGCGAGCUCCGGAUCGACAUCGCGAACUUUUUGCCGAAGAUCAUCGAGACUCUAGUUUGCCUACACGCGUGCGUGACCAGCACCAUUUUGAAGAGACAAGCAGAAUUAGGAGACAAGCUGCGGAGAAAGAUGCUGCCCAAUUAGCAGCAGAGUUUGGGAGUAAUUUAUUUAAGUCUGCCAAUUCGUUAUGGAAAAGCGGGACGAAAAAAGUACAGCAAGCUGUCCAAGAAUUCAAUUCGAAUCCAGAUCCAAACCAGCCAAGGUGGAUGAGAGAGGAGGCGUUGGAAUUUCGGAGUCAAACAAUCGAAGUAAGACAGCAAAGGAGCCCAACCUCAGCAACCACGACGAGCGUUACAGACGAGGCGCUGAUGUUGGAAAUGCAAAGAGCACCGCCAAGUAGGAGCCCGCAACCGCCUCCUCAUAUAACCUCCCACAGGCGUAUUCAAGGAUUCUCUCCCUCUCGACAGCUAUCACCACGUCCGCGUCAGCUGCAGCAGGAUGUUAGAAAUACAGCUAUGAAUGAUACUCGCCCCCGACUAUCCCGUUUGACUUCUGAAGAACAAGCUUCUCAGGCAUACAUCAGCCCAGCAAGAAGAAGAAAACCUCCGCCGCAAUCCCAUUCAGAAGUAGACCCCGAUCUCUUGGGGGGAUCACAUAGACCACCUCAGCCAGCUCGUCCAGCCCAUCAAUCGCCGCCUUCUCAACCACAACGGCCAACAGGUGCCACCCCUUCGCCACCAGUUGCUCCGCGACCCAAACCACCCCCACGGCAAAUUCCUUCAGUCUCGACGUCAGCGCUGCUGUCUUCGCAUAAACACCGCCAGGAUGGUACAGCAGCGUUCAAGCGAGGCGAUUACGCUGCUGCCCAUGCAGCAUACUCCACGGCCAUCUCACUGUUACCAAGCAACCAUCCCGUUACUAUUAUCCUUCUUACCAAUCAUGCUCUCACUGCUCUCAAGAUAGGCGAGCCAAAGACGGCGAUCAGCGAUGCAGAUCGUGCAUUAUCCAUAAUCGGCCCUAGCAAAGGGGAGUUAGAGCAGAUAGACUUAGGAAAUGGAGAGCCGAUGAAAGAGAUGAGGGAAUUUUUUGGGAAGGCAAUGAUGCGAAAAGCGGAAGCUCUGGAGCAGCUAGAAAAAUGGACUGAUGCGGCCAAAAUCUGGCAAGAGACCGUUGAAUCUGGUCACGGUGGUAGUGCAAGUAUCCAGGGACGAACUCGAUGCGAAAAAGCAGGGGGUAUUCGAUCUAUCCCGGCUCCCAUUCCAAAGUCAAUCCCGUCGGCACGUGCUCCGCCGCGAACCACGCAUAACAGGGCUUCAAAACCUGCUAUUAGGUCGCAACCUUCAGUCCCGGCGAAGCCAGCGGAAGCCGUCAGCCGACUUCGAGCGGCGAACGAAGCUGCCGAUCGUUUGGACAAUGAGAGAUUUGCUCUUGCAGAUUCUGUGGAUGCACGGCUUACUUCUUGGAAGGGUGGAAAGCAGGAUAACUUACGCGCUUUACUGGCAAGUUUAGAUACAAUUUUGUGGGCGGAGGCCGGAUGGAAGAAGAUCAGUAUGGCAGAGUUGGUACUGCCGAACAAAGUGAAAAUUCAUUACAUGAAGGGUAUUGCCAAGGUACAUCCUGAUAAGAUUCCAGUGAAUGCGACCACCGAGCAGAGGAUGAUUGCUGGAGCUGUGUUUAGCGCCUUGAAUGAAGCGUGGGAUAAAUUUAAGCAGGAGAACGGAUUAUGA